AUGCAGCGCCUGCGCUCCACCUUCAAACGGUCCAAGACGCCCACGCCGGCCGACAUGAAGACGCAGAGCAGCCUCGAGGUGCCUAAGCAGGUGCGGUCGGCGUCAUUCGAUGAGAUCCAGUUGGAAGCGGCGCGCGGCGGCGGCGCGGCCAGCGCGGGCGCGCUGCUCGCCGUGCCCAGCACCAGCGCGCGCAGCCGCUCCUUCGACUCCGCCGGCUCCGAGGACUCCGGGACACACCUAGAGGUACCGCGACGAUGGUCCCGGCGACGCUCCGGGAAGGGCACCCCGCCGCUAUGCGUGCAUUGCCGGCACAUGGAGACGUGGCUGGCGCGCCGCAGCGAGGAGCGCCUCACGCCCGAACGCUUGGCACUCUCCUCCUCCGCGGAGGACGACGACGACGACGACGACGACAGCGAGCAGGACUUGCCGCGCGUGCUGCUGGCGCCGCCGCCGCCUCCCCGCACCCUCCUCCCGCCGCCGCCUCCUCGCACCCUCCUGCCGCCGCCUCCGCAGUCACCGCCGCCGGCGCCGGGCGCCCCGUCGUUCGAACUACAGCCUCCCAUCGAUGAGCCGCCGAUACUUCCGCAACGGCGUCGCUCCAUAUCGAGACAAGAAGCGUUCUUCGUCGAACCGACCGGCAACUCGCUUGAAAACGUCCGCGCUUCAGAAGAAAGCGCCGCCAAAGACUCCCCCGUUCACGACAUCUACUUGGCCGUGCCGGAAUUGAAGCGGGACCGCGCCGCGUCCGUGGAUUCCUGUUUUUCUAAAGUUUCCGGCGGUGCUAGAGCGGAGGAGUUGAAUAGUGCGGGGAACUCCCUGACUGUGCCGGUGAACGGGCUGCGUUCGCGCUCGGUGGACAUCGUGCUGCCGACCGCCGAGCAGUCGCGGUACAAGGCGUUGGCGUUGACGUCCGCCGCCUCUCAGGUGCCGCCGACGCCGGUCGGCCCGGUCCCAGACCUUGCUCUCCCCGAAGAUGAUAGGUGA